AUGUAUCUAAAAUAUCAUCAUUUUAUAGUAAUUAUCCUUUGCGUAAUAUUGAUAGUCUCAGAAACAAAUGCAACUUCCUAUGCUGUAGAUGCUGGAGACCCGCAUGGAGUUCAAGCAGUUUCUGCUUGGUCAUGCGCUAAAGCGAGCGGCUUCACUAGGGCUAUUAUCGAAUGUUACAGCGAGUAUUGUAGUCAAGGUGGAGGUGUUUCUUCCAGCUGCCUUGGCAACUAUAAAAAUGCUGUUGCAGCCGGUUACAAGUACAUUGAUCUCUAUUUUUACCCUUGCACUGGAGCUGCGUAUAAUUGCAAGUCACCACAAACGCAGGUUAAUGAGCUUGUUACAUUCGUCAAUCAAAAUAAGAUGCUAGUGCAAACUAUCUGGAUCGACUUUGAAAAUGAUACAACUACUUGCACUAAAAGUUGGUCUCAAGACACAGCAAGUAACCUUGCGCUGGCAAAACAAUUUACAAAUGCUGCUAAGACAACUUUGUGGAAUUGGGGCAUAUAUUCGACAAAUUAUGAAUGGACAAAGCUUUUUGGUAGCGCACAAGCCGUCGUUGAUAGCAGCUUUAAAAUCUGGUAUGCGGAUUUUCAAAAUCCUUCACAGCCAAACUAUGAUGACUGGAAUAGUUUAGCAUUUGGCGGCUUUAGUACUCCUUCAGGAAAGCAAUAUGCAGACAGCGGCAGUAAUUGUGGCAUUUAUGAUCUUAGUAUUUUCACUUAUAGUACCGGCGCUCAGGAGUAA